GGACGAUACGGUUAUUCCAAUAAACAUAUUUUGCAUAUCACAAUCUAUAUAAAAUGAGAGAUGUCUGUGGGAGUGUUCAGUUAUUAUUAUUAAAAGAAACCUAAACGAUCAUCAUGCAGCAAGAAGAAUUAAAGUAUUUGUCAGGAUUUGGUUGUGAAUUUUCAAGCGAGGAUAAACGAUGUCCUGGAUCUUUACCCCGUGGACAAAAUAAUCCACAAAAAUGUCCUUACGGACUAUACGCUGAACAACUUUCUGGUACUGCUUUUACAGCACCACGUUCGCAAAAUAAAAGAUCUUGGCUUUAUCGAAUCAGACCGUCUGUAGUUCACGAACCAUUUCAAAAAUUAAUAGAAAAAGAUGUUGGUCAUCUCGAUUACGAUUGGAACUGCAUGGAACCUGAUCCAAAUCAAUUGAGAUGGAAACCAUUUGAUUUACCAACAAGACAAGAUCAUCAAAUUGAUUUCGUUCAAGGACUUAAUACGAUUUGCGGGGGUGGCGAUUGUCGCGUUCGUCAAGGAAUUGCCAUACACGUUUAUCUUUGCAACUCAUCGAUGAAAGAUAAAGCUUUUUAUAACGCCGAUGGAGAUUUCUUAAUUGUACCACAGUUAGGUGUUCUGUUGAUAACCACUGAAUUCGGCAAAAUCCGAUGCGAACCCAAUGAAAUAUGUGUUAUUCAGCAAGGAAUGCGUUUCUCCGUAACGGUUCUUGGUCCAUCCAGAGGUUACAUUCUCGAGGUCUUCGAUAAUCAUUUCCAACUUCCAGAUUUGGGACCAAUCGGUGCCAAUGGUUUAGCCAAUCCAAGAGAUUUUCAAACUCCGAUUGCUUGCUUCGAAGAUCGUGAAACCGAUUACAAAAUAAUUGCCAAGUUUCAAGGUAAAUUAUUUCACAGCGUUCAAGAUCACAGUCCAUUCGAUGUUGUUGCUUGGCAUGGGAAUUACGUACCAUAUAAGUACGACCUUGAAAGAUUUAUGGUCAUCAACUCGGUUUCUUUCGAUCACUGUGAUCCCUCGAUUUUCACCGUACUUACUUGUCCUUCGAAUAAACCUGGCACCGCUGCUGCCGACUUUGUCAUUUUUCCACCUAGGUGGUCGGUACAGGAACACACCUUUCGACCUCCUUACUAUCAUCGUAAUUGCAUGGCCGAAUUUAUGGGACUGAUAAAAGGAAGUUACGAGGCAAAAGAGGAAAGUUUUCAAGCUGGUGGUGCGUCCUUGCACUCGAUAAUGACACCUCAUGGUCCUGAUACUCGAUGCUUCGAAAGUGCUACAAACAGUAAACUUAAACCCGAACGUAUUGCCGAUGGUACUCAGGCAUUUAUGUUUGAAACUUCUUAUAGUAUGACUUGCACGAAAUGGUCUGCCAAACUAUGUAAUAAAUUGGAUGAAGAUUAUUAUAAGUGUUGGAAAGGAUUGAAGAAAUAUUUUAAUUUUAACGAUCAAUCUUCAUCAUCUCAGAUCUAAUCGAAAUACUUCUUCUUUCUUUUUUUUUUUUUUUUCAUAGUAUUAUUAUUCUCGAAAAAGAAUUUUAUGGAAUUUUAAUUACUAAUUAAAAUGGUCAUUAUAAUAUAUAAUCAAUUACUUAGAUUCUUUCCUUCUAUCGCAUGGCGUAUAAAAGGAUUAGAUAUAAUAAGGAGAUUAAACUUCUUUUUUUUUUUUCAACAUAAAAAGAAAUGUUUACACGUUGAUUAGAUUAUUGAAACCAAUGACGUUAGAUUUGAUUUAACUCAACGUUGCAUUAUCGAACAUGUUUGUUUGAUUAUAUUCAUGCUUAUGAUUAUAAUACUUCGAAGUAUACGAAUAAGAUUUAUGUAUACACAUAAGUAUGUACAUAUUGUAAUAUUAUUGCAAAAUAUAUUUUGUUAAAAAGUUGAAAACUUGGGGAAAAAUACUGUAAAGAGAUUGACAUUAAAAAGAUACAAUGAUUA